UUUUUUUUUUUUUUUUUUUUUUUUUUUAUUAUUAAACACAACUUCACAAUGACUGAAAUGACUGAAGAAAUGUUGAACGAAAGUCAGCUACUUAUUCAAGCACUUCUUUCCGAGUAUAACGAUGACGAGAACAUUAACGAUGGCUUUGAAGAAAUGACCACCAAUAUUAGCAAGGAAGAACGCGAAGAUGCUCCUGUCAAAACAGGUCUUAUGGACGAUUUUAACUGGAGCACGGUCAUUAAUGUUGAAGAAGAAGAAGUAGAUGCUGGUCAAGAAGGAAGCUAUGAGACUGAUUCUCCAGUCCCAUUUUUCGUAAAAACUAUUGGUAGCAGUGUAGCUGUUGUUGGCGUGAAGGAGGCUUUCGAGAAAGAGUUCCCAAAAAAGAAGAUAUUUGCGGAUAAGAAUUCUGCAAGAGCGCAAAUUCAGGAGUUUUCCAAGGCUCAAAACAUCGCCUUUAAAACUGUUGAGGAUGUCAUAGAUUAUAAUAAAAGAAUCAUCACAUUUUACAUAAUAAUGGAUGAUCAUCAUUUAGGAGAUAGCACCAGAGGUGUAGAAAGUAUGUAUUUUUCGACUUCAAUGAUCUUAUACUUAUAGUAACAAAGUGAAAAAUAGAAGACGGGAAUGAUAAUGAGGGCGGACUCAAGAGACCUAACCGAAAGACAAAUAAGGUUAGGUGUAGAACCUUCAUCCACCCAAAGAUGGAUUUGAAGGGCGUGGAGAAUCGCUGGUUUGUGGGUAAGGCGUGCUUUGAGCAUACUAAUCCUGUCAGCAAAACCGCAAAAUGUACCACGUCAAUAGGAAACUCGAAGCUGAUGACCAGGAAUUUGCGAUCAAGAUGAUGCAAAAUGGAAGUCCUUCCAGUGCAGUCUGGAAGGUAAGGGAUUUAAAAAUAAAUAGUGGGUCUUGUAAGGAGUUAGUAUUGUUUGGGAU